GAACUGUUUAGUACUCGUUGAGGUUAGUAUUGGACAUGUGUUUUUAAAAUAAUUUUGAGAAAAAUGGUGCGUCAUAAUAAUCAAUUACCCAACAAUCUUACGCAACUACAGAAUUUGAUAAAAAGAGACCCCGACUCAUAUAAAGAUGAAUUUCGUCAACAACUUGCACAUUUUGAAACAGCACUUGAAAUUUUUAACUUGAACCCUACUCAAUACGACAAGAAAUUAGACGAACAGGCGAUGUUUUUGGCCCAAGUGACCCAAUGCUACCAAAAAGAAAUGAAAAAUUUCCCUCAAAAAAUUGUGGAUAUUCUAAAAACGCAUAACACCACAAUGCAUAACAACAUGAGGCUAUCCUUAUGUAAAUGCCUAAUUUUGAUCAGAAAUAAAAAUUUCAUUUCUGCUUUUGACUUACUUGAAUUAUUUUUUUCAUUAAUUAAGUGCCAGGACAAACACUUAAGGGAGUACCUCAAGACUCAUAUUAUUACCGACAUUAAAAAUAUGAAUAUGAAACAUAAAGAUAUGAAGUUAAAUUCAACUCUUCAAAAUUUUAUUUUUUCAAUGUUACGUGAGACAAACACAAAAACAGCUAAACUUGCUAUUGAUAUAUUGAUUGAACUUUAUCAUAAGAAUAUCUGGAAUGAUCAUAAAACAGUAAAUAUAAUUGCUGAUGUAGGAUGUUUCUCUAAAGUGACUAAGGUAAUGGUUGCUUCUUUAAAAUUUUUUUUAAGUCGUGAUGAAGAAGAUAAACCUGAUUCAGAUAGUGAUGAUGAGGUUGAUCCUCGAGAGACAAUGAUAGCAAAUAAGUUUAAUAAAAAAACAAGAAAAAGAGAUAAAAUGCUUGAUAAAGUCAAGAAAAUUGCUAAAAAGAACAAAAGAAAGAAAGAAAAGGCUCCAAUAUUUAAUUUUUCUGCUCUUCAUCUUAUAAACAAUCCACAAGGUUUUGCUGAAAAAUUAUUUAAGCAAAUGGAGUCAUCAAAUGAAAGAUUUGAAGUUAAAUUAAUGACUUUGGAUGUUGUUUCAAGGCUGAUUGGCUUACAUAAUCUUUUCUUGUUCAAUUACUAUCCAUUUAUUGCAAGGUUAUUAAUGCCACACCAGCGAGAAGUUACUCGCAUUUUACAGUUUGCAGCUCAAGCAUCACAUGAAUUAGUCCCACCAGAGGUGAUUGAACCUAUUAUGAAAGCAAUUGCUAAUAACUUUAUUACGGAGAGAAAUUCAACUGAUGUUAUGGCUGUUGGACUGAAUGCUGUUAGAGAAAUUUGUGCUCGCUGUCCUUUAGCCAUAGGAGAAGAUCUCUUAAGAGACUUAGUUCAGUAUAAGUUGUACAAAGAAAAAUCUGUUAUGAUGGCCGCUAGAUCACUAAUUCAAUUGUAUAGGCAAACAAUGCCAAGCCUUUUACACAAAAAAGAUAGAGGAAGGCCAUCAGAAGCUUCAAUAGAAUUAAAGACUAAAAAAUAUGGAGAGGUUGAUACUAAAGAUUAUAUACCAGGCUCAGAAGUGCUAUUAGAAAAAGAAGAAAUAAAAGAAAAGAAAGGUAAAAAGAAACCAAAAAGCAAGAAUGAUGAUUCUGAAGAUGAGUGGAUUGACGUUGCUUCAUCUGACUCGGAAAUUAAUAUAUCAACAGAUAGUGAAAAUGAAAAUACUGAGGAUGAAGCUGAAGAAAUAGAAGAAGAAGGUAAAGAGGAAGAGAGUGAGAGUGAGCUAGAGGAUGAGGAUGAAGAACAACAAAAUGAAACUUAUAAUAAAGAAGAAAAUGAUAAUAGAACAAAUGAAAGUAUCAAAAGCAGAAAAGUAUUAAAAGUAAAAAGAGGUUCUUCAAAACCUAACAUAGAAGAAAAAAUAAAGGUUGCUCGUGAUGCAGCAAUGGACAAAAUUUUUACCGAUGAAGAUUUUAAGCGCAUCGAAGCAGCUCAACUAAAGAAAAGCAUUAGUGGUGUUAAGCGAAAUAGAAGUGUAAUAGAAGAAGAAAAUGAAUCCACGGAAUUAGUACAGCUUUCAGCAAUAGAAAAUAUACACAAGAAAAGGAAGCAUGACAAAAGUGCAAGACUUGAAACGGUUUUAAAAGGAAGAGAAGAGCGAGACAAAUAUGGAUAUAAAGACCGCAGAAAAAAUGCAAAUUGCUCAAAAACUAAUAGAGAAAAGAAGAAGACAAAAUCCUAUCAAAUGGUUAAACAUAAGGCAAGAGGAAAAAUUAAAAGGUCAUUCAAAGAAAAACAAAUUGCAUUCAGAAAUUAUUUGAUUAAACAGAAAAAAAUGCGCUGAGACUUAUAUAAAACUGUGUCUAUUUAUUUUAUAAAUGAGAGAGGAUAAUUUUAUUAACUCGUCAAAAAAAAAAAGACAAGAAUAAAACCUGCGAGAUAUAUUCAUGUCUCUUAUUUCCAAUA